AUGAGUCGCCUAUCUCGGGCGUCUUCCUCUCGUGAGGUUACUCAGGAAGAGGAGGUACCUAAGCAUGGUGAGGUACCUAAGGAGGAGGUUCACCCUGAGCAUGACGAUGUUGCUCAGGAGGAUACCGAGUGGUUUAAUGAUGUUGUUGCUGGAUCCGAACUUGGCGGAUUAUGCUGUACCAUAUAUGUUACCAUAAGCCAUGCAAAGCAGGGGGCAUUUGCCGAAAGGUGGAACAAAGAGACGCCAUCUUUCCACUUUUCUGUUGGGGAGUUGACAAUCACCCUCUAUGAUGUGGUUUGUCUGCUCCACCUACCUAUCAGAGGGAGGUUAUAUGACCAUUCCCGGAUACAGAGAGUUGAGGCCAUCGAGUGGAUGGUGGAUUAUCUGGGUAUGAACCCAUAUAUGGCUGAUUAUGAGUGUAAAAUAGCGAAUGAGGCGCAUGUCAAGUUCUCCACCCUAGAAGAGCUUUAUGAGCACCACUUGGUGGCAGCAGCUGGGGCCGAGGAUGAGGGUGAUGCAGUUUUUGUUGAGUAUCACCGCGAUUGUGCUUUGCGGUGUUGGCUGAUGUUCUUGGUUAGCACGUCCCUCUUUGUGGACAAAAGUGCAACCUACGUGGACCUGACAUACCUCCGGUAUUUUAUGAAUUUGAGUACAGUUGAUGAGUGA